CAGCCAUUCCAGCCAUCCAAGUUCAUCUCACCGACAUUCUCUUCUUACUGCUUUUCAAGCCACAACUGCAACUCAAGCUCGCCAUCCAUCAACUUGGCCUGACCUUAUACUCAAGCUCUUCACCCUUCAUCCGAAAUCCAGCUUAACAAACUCCCCAUCCACAACAUGAACUCCUCCGUCUCCUUGAUGAUGAUCGUGUUGCUCUCAGCAGCAGCAACGAUGGCCGUCCCAUUCGGAUACGCGUACGGCCCUCAAUACUACCCCGGCCCGGAAUAUUAUCCCGGCUUUUACGCCGGCGACCCGUACUACGGACCCGGCGGCGGCUACUAUCCUUACAACACUCCAUUCCCCGGAUACGCUCCUUAUGGCCCUGAUCGAUUCUCAGCAUUUGCUCCUUACGGUCCAGGGAUCCCGGUCUACGGUCGUUCAGUCGCUGCUUCCGGAGCACCUCCAAACACCAACCCUGCCCAAGUCUUAGGACGAGCUACUCUCGGUACCCAAGACAUGCCGGCCAAGCAACCGGCUGGACCUAAUGAUCAGACUCCGGGGAGCCAGGCCCAAGAUGUCCAGCGAGAUUCUCAGCUACCCGUCGGCUCGCCCGAUUCCCAUGGCCCAAUGGGCCUCGGCCAAUCUCAAGAAACAGCCCAAAUGGAACAGUCUAAACCUGCCAUGGGCGCUUGAUUCUAUCCUUAACUAGUGUCCUACAGACUCAAAAUUAGAUUGUCGCGGGCCACUUUAACACAUAUUUACUACAUAGUUCUUCCUUGUCUAUGACUAUUUACCUU